GAUUGUAUAAUAUAAAUAAGUUUCCCCACCAUGAUUCCUUCAAUCGUCAUACAGAUCGAGAUCGAGAAAGAAAAGAGUAUGUCGAAUUUGCGAGAGUUGAUGGAAUAUUGUUCCAAAAACAUUAUUUUCCCUAAAGAUAUGUGCGCGCUAUUGGACGAUCACCGGGAUAGAAGGAAAGAUUUCUUUCUCGCAUCCGCGAAUUUUAAAAAUUUACUGGAAAAUUCGAGACUGUCUGUGUCGCAGAUGGAGAAGCUGCAACGGCAGCAUGAUAAAAUAUUGAAGGAUUUCCAACAAAUCAGAUUGCUCUUAGAUAAGGAAUUACCAAAGAUCAUUAACUUGCGAUUGGAAGCUCUUCAAAAAUUCUUCCACAAGAUCGCGGAAUUAUUUAAUGACGUGAACUAUAACAUGCAUGCUGCGAAUUUGCUUGAAUUAAUUUCAAUGAAUUUGUGCCAAAUUGAUCUAGACACAGGAAAAGUCAUACUUCACGAACAAGAAACAAAUAAAGAAAUAUGCCAAAAAUGUAAAGUGAAUCGCGUGGAUAAAAAAUAACCAUAAGAGAG